GCGUCAGCGCGCCCGGAAGCGGCCGGGCGGCGAACAUGGCGGCGUCCGCGGGCGGCCUGGGCGGCGGCGGCGCGGGCCCGGGGCCCGAGGCCGGGGACUUCCUGGCGCGCUACCGCCAGGUGUGCCACAAGCUGAAGAGGCGGUUCCUGCGGAAGCCGAACGUGGCGGAGGCGGGCGAGCAGUUCGGCCAGCUGGGCCGCGAGCUGCGCGCCCAGGAGUGCCUGCCGUACGCGGCCUGGUGCCAGCUGGCCGUGGCCCGCUGCCAGCAGGCGCUCUUCCACGGGCCCGGGGAGGCGCUGGCGCUGACCGAGGCCGCGCGCCUCUUCCUGCGGCAGGAGCGCGACGCGCGCCAGCGCCUGGCCUGCCCCGCCGCCUACGGGGAGCCGCUGCAGGCCGCCGCCGCCGCCCUGGGCGCCGCCGUGCGCCUGCACCUGGAGCUGGGCCAGCCGGCCGCCGCCGCCGCGCUGUGCCUCGAGCUGGCGGCCGCGCUGCGCGACCUGGGCCAGCCGGCCGCCGCCGCCGGCCACUUCCAGCGCGCCGCGCAGCUGCAGCUGCCGCAGCUGCCCCUGGCCGCCCUGCAGGCGCUGGGCGACGCCGCGUCCUGCCAGCUGCUGGCGCGCGACUACAGCGGCGCCCUGGCGCUCUUCACGCGCAUGCAGCGCCUGGCGCGGGAGCACGGCAGCCACCCGGCGCCGCCGCCGCCGCCGGGGCCGCCGCCGCCGCCGCAGCCCGGGGCCGGCGCGGCCCCCGCCCCGCCGCUCGCGCUGCUCCCGCCCGGCGCUGGGCCGGCGGCCGCGGCCCCCGCCGCCACGCUGGGCGCCUUCGCGGACGUGCUGGUCCGCUGCGAGGUGUCCCGCGUGCUGCUGCUGCUGCUGCUGCAGCCGCCGCCCGCCAAGCUGCUGCCGGAGCACGCGCACACCCUGGAGAGGUACUCCUGGGAGGCCUUCGACGGCCCCGGGCAGGACGCCAGCGGCCCGCUGCCCGAGGAGCUCUUCCUGCUGCUGCAGUCGCUGGUCAUGGCCACGCACGAGAAGGACACGGAGGCCGUCAAGGCGCUGCAGGUGGAGAUGUGGCCCCUGUUGAGCGCCGAGCAGAACCACCUCCUGCACCUCGUCCUGCAGGAGGCCGUCGCCCCGUCGGGCCAGGGCAUCUGAUGCAGCACCGACGUGCACCCAGCGCCUUGCCGCCUGUCCCCGACCUCCCGCACGCGCCUGCGCCCCUCCGGGGACGGAGGCAGACGGUGAUGCCGGUGCCUCGGCCUGCGCACUUUGUCUUCCGCCUCUUGCCACGCGAGGAAUGUAGCUGCCUAAAAGUUACCUUCUUUCCAUGAUAGCGGCAGAGAGAACGACCACCCCAGAUGCUAGAGGAGAGGACGCGGCUCUCUUCCCCGGACACUGCGACGUAGACAUGAGAUCCCUUCCGUCCUUUUCCUCUUCUCUUUUCACCCAACAGCCCCCACCUACCCCUUCCCCCGCCCGCGGCGCAAGGCUCCCCCCCCCCCCCCCCCGCAUCCUUGUUUCAGACUGAGGGUGACUUCGCACAGCUCUGGCUCGCUAAUCAAGCUGCAGGAUGUCUUCGUGGUGACUGAUUCCUUGGUGAAUUUCGAGGUCUGCCUGAGUGAUGGCCCAGUUCCUGCUCUGUCUCAUGUGCCCCUGGCGUAUUCGUGGGCACUCCGCUGUUGUCGCCAUGGCCCUCAAGCCAUGGGAAAAUCAUUCUGACGCUGCUAACUGGUGGUGGGGGCUCGGGUUUCCCUCGUCUAGAAAAGGGGAAUCACUUAUCUACCUGUCAGGAGGCAGGAAGCAAAAGCGGAUAGUCCCCUUUUAGCUCCAAGACGGAUUCAUUCGCUUGAAAUGGACAGUGUGCCUGUGAAUCUACAGAGAUCAUUUGCGAUGUGGUCCUUACUUCGCUGCAGUGUCCAUGUGUUCGGUGCAAAGCGGGGUGGGGGGGCGGCGGCGAAGGGGAAGGGAGGAUGAGGGCGGGGUGCGCUCCCGCGCAAAGGUGUCAAGAUGUGCAUUGGCGUUUUCCGUAAAGGUGUCAAGCUGUGCGCUGGAGUUUUCGGUUCCGGUUCUGUUCUGAGAGGAGCGGGUAAUCCACAUGGCAGCCUUUAUUUGCGGUACGGAUCCUUCCACACGUUUUAAAAUUGAGCUCAGAUGUGUAAGAUCGGCAUGCUUCUUUGGUGUUGUGUGAUGGCGUCCAUGCCAGGCUCUGCGCUUGUUUCCCAAAAGCAGGAUGGCGUCCCAUUUUUAAACGCGAAAUUUCCAAGGCUUUUUGGACCACAUGUUACAUGCAGACCGACUUCGCUGCUUUCUCAAAUUCAGCUUUAUUUUCUUGAGCUUUGAGUGUGAUGACAAGAGCUCUUCAGAAUAUAAUCUCAUUCUCAGUCACUCAGCUCGGGAAAAUGCAUCCUUUAGGCUGAAGUUGUAGAUGGCACUGAUCUUUUGAGGUGAGAUUUAAGGACACGCUUUGGGAACAGAUCUUGGUUUUGCAUCUUUGGUGGAGGGAGGGGGAAUACGUGGCGUGUUGUCCCUCUGAGUUAAGUGCCCCCAAAUGGGUGGGACUUUAGGGUAUUCUUUUCUACCUCUGUUUCAGCAGUGUGGAAGCAGAGGCUAAGGAGAUGUAGGGGAGGCCCAUCUGAGACAGAUUCAGCCACGCUUCCUAUGUUCCCACGUGGCUGCCAGGAAGGGUCCUUCUGAGCCCUAACAGCCUAGUGUGGCUUACUGCCAGUGUGCUAAGGGUGCGUGCCCCCUUGGCUUUUGCUGUUUCUGGUACCCUCUUGUCAACCUGGGCUGCAGCCUUGGCCGCCUUCCUUACUCUCCUUAUGACGAGACUUCUUAGGAAGUGUGGAAUAUGACCGGUGGUAGCAUUUGGGUUUGGGCACAAGGAAAGGCCUCCUUAGACCUCUGAUCUAAAUUCCUUGCUUUGAGGAGGUUGGGGGAGGGAUUACCAGAGAGCCUGGUAUUGCGUUUAGAAGCAGUAUUACAGUUCUCCAGAGAAACCAACAAAAACAACAGGAUCAAUCUCUGUCUGUCUGUCUGUCUCUCUCUCUCUCUAUAUAUAUAUAAAUUAUUCCACAAUAAAAAGUUUAUCUAAAUUUAAAAAAUCACAUGUUCAUUGAUUGAUGUCAGUGUUCAACAGUACCUGUUUUAAAGAUAUAUUUUUAAAAUGAUAUAUAUAGAAUCUCGUUACAGAUCAGCAUUAACAGAUGAACAUUUGAGUUGAUUUUGAUGGUAGGCAACACUAAC